AUGGUUUCUACCGUGAAAAUAUUUGACAUUACUAUACCACAAAAAAGCGAUCUAUCCUGUGCUAUUUGCAAAAUUGUUAAUUCCGAAAACAAUUUGAUUUAUUCUAAAUUUUGUGCAAAGGUGCUCAAGUGUCGAGAAUUUCUUCAAGAAACUCCUCAUGCAAUGGCCGCUCCAAUAUCUAAUCGAAAAAUACUCGAAUCUGGUGGUUCUAUCUACAUUAUCGUUACGAGAGAGCUUUUUGAGAGCUGCGCUUUUCAAAAUCAUUGUGAUAUAUUAAAUAUACAGGUGAUAGAUCUAUUAGAUCCUAUUCCAACUUACAUUUACAAAGCGUGUCUACUUUAUACUAUGGAAUAUAAAAUGGUGCCACAAUGGAAUAAAGUCGGGCCAUAUCUUGUCGAAGGACAAAAUUUUCUUAGAUCGACAGGAAAUGUCGAUGCAGUAAUGUUACAUAUUAAGGAAAUUCGCGAUAACUGUGCUCAGCUUGUCAUGGAAGCUAUAAAUUUAAAAAUACCAUUUGUAAGAUUGACUAGAACACGUUCUUUACAAUGUGCUUUACAGCCGCCAGUACGCGUUUUACCAAGCAUGAAAAUGGCAAAUGUGCUGCGCGUAUCAAAUUCAAUCAAACAUCUUUUCAAAGAUUAUGAGGACUUGCGCGCAUAUUGGAAAAAUAUGCACGGCUAUAUAUUACCAAAUUACGAGGACGGAUUUUUAUUUUAUGAUAUUGAAUUCUUCUAUUUUAAGUCAAGCAUUUUCCUAUACCCAGAAAUAUGUUUAACUUCAGGACCCUUAGAAAUUUUCCCAUCUGCGGUGGAUCCGCUGUCUAAAAUCUAUAAAUUCAUAGGGGAUCUAAGAGGAAAAGUGGCCAAAUUAUGUGAACAACAAUUAGAUAUAUGUCCGAAAAAUACAUUUCCAACAGCGGCUCUAGCUUGUACACCAGUAUUACCAGCAUUACCAAAAGUUAGACUUUCAGCUUAUGAUACAGGAUAUGGUACACAAUCGAGAAAAAUUAAUACUGUGAUGCUUCAAAUGCCUGAUACCUGUGAUAUUCCUACGAAACGAUCUCGAUUAUCAUUAUCGAAAACUGAUGAUUUCCUUACAUGCGCGACCGAAAUUGAUGAUUUUGAUUUGGAUAUCAAGCCAUAUUCUGCGAGUAAAUUUAAUCGAUUAAAAACUACUGGCCGUAUUUCGACUUUAUGCGAUGAAAAUAAUGGUGUAGUCAGCAAACCAAUUGUCCAAAAAGAUGAAAGCAAGUCAUAUUAUUUUAAAACUGAGGAACAAAAAUUUGAGAAUAAAUCUUUCAUGGAGUUGACAAACCAAGAAAAAGAACCCGAUAAACUAACAAUAAGUUUAAAGGAUAAGAUAUCAAAGAAUUUUUAA